AUGCUGCACGAAAUCCUCCUGUCCUUGUCCGGGCACCCUUCACCACUCCUGCGAACCGAUGGCGUUCAACCCACCGCUUUUGCCGCCAUCUCGCCCCCCGAACGCGAACUUCUCGCCACCGCCGCACACCUCAGCGACUUGAACAUCAAGCUCCUGGGCCACUCGGCCCAGAUUUCGGCAGAACAUCCCUCGACUAUAUGCCGGGCCGUUGCAACGGCAAUUGAGUCGAUUCAUCUGGCUGCUUUUCAGCGCAAAGUCCUGGAGGUGGAAGAGACGGUCUUGCGGCAUGAUUCAAGUCUAGUGGGCGCCUACAAUAUUGUACCCUUGACCGCUGUUAUUGGGGAGUUCUCAGGAUGGACCAGGCGUCUGGAGUGGUUGAGAGAGGUAGUCCAGUUUAUUCUGGGCAGGCACAAAGGUGGAAAGUGCUGCGGCGCUCAGUUGAUUGAUCGACUGCGCACUGAGCUGCAGAGCGGAUACAUGGACAUUGAGCAGACCGCUCUGACUUUGGUCAAGGUUGCCGAGACGGCGUGGCUGAAGCAGGUGUCUGCCUGGAUUCUUUACGGCCGAUUGCCGAGUCACGGCGAGGGCGACUUCUUCGUCCGGCUGGCGGAAGAUGGCGAUCAUGACUUUGUUAUCACACCAACACUGCUUCCCAAGUUUGUCACGCCUACGACAGCAGCCUCCAUGUUAUUCAUCGGCAAAUCACUGAACCAUGUCCGCGUAAAGAGCAGUGUCGAUUCGGGCCUCAUGGGGCUUGACCACCUCUCAUCACAACUCCGGGAGCUCUCGGGCCUGGCCUAUCCGCUCAACACAGCGAGCUUCUCAAGAGCCAUCACCGCUCUCCGCGUGAGCCUAUCCAGGACCACGCUUCAAAAGCUCUUGCCUCUGAGCAGAGUUGUCGAGAUCCUCCGCCUGCUGCGCGAAUUCUUCCUUCUCGGUCGGGCACCUGGGUCACAGCGAGCGCCGCCAUAUUCUUCCUCGCAGAAACAGAGGCCUAUCUCCAGACCGAGGUCGUCGCCGGGCUCUGGGACGGGUUCCACCAAUGGCUCACGUCGAGCGACGCAAAGCAUGGCGACAUCAGCGCAGGCCACGCUACAUCAGCAAGCCGAGCCGCGGCACCCGGAAACGACAACGACGAAGAGAGGAUAUUUGGCUCAUGCCUUCACGGCUUCCAGCCGUCGUCCCCUUCCCAGCAGCAGAAGCAGCAACAGCAACAGCAACACGACCCGCAAUCUCUCGCGACAGCCCACGCACGCUACUCCUCGCCCUCUCCCACCGCCUGCUCCUCACGUCGACGCCGUACACGGACGCCUCCUCACGCUCCUCGUCAGCACGGACCACCUCGUCGCCCUCGUCCACCGCCUGCACAGCAUCUGGACGUCCAUGGAUCUCGAAGCCGACGCCGGCGUCGUCGACGCCUUUGUCGACCUCGAGACGGAGGAGAGGAGCGUCGCCGUCGCCCUCCGCGACGUCGAGGGGCGCGUCAAGGCAGGCAUCGAGGACGUCAUUGCUGCGCUGAGGAUCCUCGAGGCCGACUCUAGUUUUGCCGAGGGCCUCGACGGCGGGUCUGCCACGGAUGAAAUGGACGGCGUCUGGGGUGCCGAGGAGGGGGAGUACACGCCACGCCGCGUCGGCGGCGUCGAGAGGCUGCUGAUGAAGCUUGAUUUCGGCGGUUGGUUCGGGGGUCGGAAGGGCGUCUUUGGCGAUGUGGUCUAG